UCUUACCAAAGAGGAGACAAAGUUUUUGGUGGAGCUCAUAGAAGGGAGUAAAAUUAUUAAUAGUAAAACCACUAACGCAAGUAAUAACAAAUUAAAAACAGAAGAGUGGAUUCGUCUAACGGAGCGAUUUAACGCCACAGCUACGAGUAGUCCUCGCACAUGGCAGCAGCUGCGCUUGAAAUGGGAAAAUUUAAAGAAAAAUGCACGCAAACGCAGCACCAAAAUAAGGUCACUUCUUGUAAUUUAUUAUUUACUUUUUAUUCAUAACCUACUUUUUUGCAAAGUCUCAUUGUUUAUUACCUUUAAAUCCAAUAUUCUUUUAACAGACGGGUGGUGGUCCUCCAAAAUCCAUACCCCCAGAUGAUAUAUUGGACAGAGUAGCCAGUUUACUUGGAAGUACAGUUGGUGGAUUUACUGUGCCAUUUGGGGGUGACAAAGAAACCACGGGUUUUGCUGUUGUUGGUGAUGGUGAAGGUGGAAGUAGUGGUGAUGGCAUUGGGGAUGCGAGGGUCUUACUCGAGAUCAAUGAAAACCCAAUCAUCUCAAUACCAAUGUCUACUGAUAAUGACAUUGAGAUUGACAAUGGUAUUGAGAAUGUGGUCUCCAACUACAAAGUAUUGGAUGUUGUUGACCAAAAUGUGAUGACUCCAAUUAACACCAAGAGGUUCACAUUUAGUACACCUAGGGCAGUGAAGAAGAAAUUUAAACCAGAUGAAAGCAGGAUGGCAAGAAACAACGCAAUAGCUGAAUAUUAUUCAAGCAAAAAACUAUGUCUUGAUGCAAAAAUGAAUAAUAUCCAUCUGGAAAAUGAAAACUCAAAAUUAAAAAAAUUACAACUCUCAUUAAAUAAUGAGAAGCUUUCGUUUCGCAGAAACCGAAAAACUUAAAUUAGAAUUGCAGAAGUUGAAGGAGAGCUUGUAAUUUAUUUAGUAAAUUUUAGUUUAAAGCCUUUUUUGUGAUUUUGUGCCCUGUGUCUUGUUGUAAAAUAAAUAUAUGAUCCAACAUCUUUUUUCAUUUAUUUUGUCCUAUAGAAAUGAAUUUUGAAGGUAACAUGACUGAUCUAUGAGAUGUUAUAGAAAUAAUGGUUAGGUAUACAUAAUAUAUUAGUAACUUGUUCUUCCUAUUUCGCAUUACAUAACAAAAUUGCCUACCUGGGGUAUUUAUUAAAACAAACAGAAUUCAGUUGGUUAAAGUGAUUUUUAUUUGACUUAUCUAAAAUAAUAAUUUAUAAGAGCUGCUCUUUCUCUAACAUCUUGUCCUUCCAUAUUAUUAUCCACAAUAAUAUCUGCUGUUGGUAGCUCCAUUUCAGCAGGAACUUCCUCUAAGUUAUUAGUCCUACAAAUAUUGUGCAACACUGCAGUAGCAAUUAUUAUUGCUUGGACUUUUAACAGUGACAAAUGAAGAGUUAGUGCUAUAACGGGAAAGCGACGCUUCCAGACACCAAAUGUUCUUUCUAUUGUAUUCCUGGUUUUAAUGUGAGCUUCAUUAUAACGUUGUUCUGCUUCAGUAGCUGGAUUUAAAAGUGGUGUUAAUAAAUAUGGUCUGUUGGGGUAAGCACUGUCACCAAGCAUCCAGCGAUUACCAAAUUGACCUGCAUCACAUUGAGCUCUGAGAACUGAGUUGUUAAAUAUUGUGGCACCAUGUGUUGACCCAGGCCAACGAGCCACCACAUUCAUGAACCUCGAAUCGGCAUCGCAGAUAGCUUGGACAUUUAAGGAAAAGUAUCCUUUACGAUUCCUAAAUUCUUCACCAAUAACAUGAC